CUAAAGGCGGUGAAUUCCAACGCCCCGCUGUCCGAGGCCCUACUUCAGCAGCUGGAUACUGCCAACCACCAGGACGUGAUGAUGGAUCGUUGGUUGGGAGAGACCCCAAAGGAAGAACCAUAUCAUGGAUUGGAAACUGGCAAAUCCCAAUAA